AUGGGCCAACGGCACCUUGCGAAAGUGGGCUCUCUGGUCGCGCGAGAGUCGGGGCACGCACGGGAAAAGGGCAGCGGGGCGCGCGCUGGUGCUGGGCAGCGAGGCACGCGCGGUCGCUGGGUAGCGGGGCACGCGCUGGCGCUGGGCAGCCGCGCGCGCGCUGGCGCUGGGCAGCGGGACGCGCACUGGUGCUGGGCAGCGGGACACGCGUGGGCAAAGGGCAGCGGGGCGCGCCCUGGCGCUGGGCAGCGGGGCACGCGCUGGCGCUGGGCAGCGGGGCGCGCGCGGGCGCUGGGCAGCGGGGCGCGCGCGGGUGCUGGGCAGCGGGGCGCGCGCGGGCGCUGGGCAGACGUGCUGGCGCUGGGCAGCGGGGCGCGCGCUGGUGCUGGGCAGCGGGACGCGCGCUGA